AUGACUCACUCCACUCCUCUUCACAACCGCUCAACUGAACAUAAGGCAGAAAUCCUUCGAAAGACCCUCGCGGCCACUCGUCUCCACAGAGCCCCGCUAAGUCAUGCUGAACGCCGCUACUACCAACCUAAGAUGAACAACGAUCCACCGGCACUCCUCAAGUCAUUGCGUCUCGAAACCUUCCCGCAUAAGAGCUCUGUUGGUCUGUGUCCGCCCAUCCCUGUACUGGUUAGACACAAGGCCGACACCGUUGGCGGCGUCAUUGAGGGAGACCAUCACUCGAAGAACACUAAUCCGGGCUUCUCACGCAACAUCCUCGGUGGCUUCUUCACUUCAUGA